GCCACCGCAUCAACCAAGUUGAGAAAUAAGGAGGGGAAGAACAACGAACCCUUUUUUGAACACCACUGUCGUUACUAACCCCCCCCCUCACGCCCCCACCUACCUACCCGCCUACCUUUUGCUGCUGCGAUGAAGUUACCCCUCGCUCUCUUCACGCUAUUGUCAUGCGGAGCUCUGGCCCAGCACACGUCCAAUUGGGCGGUCCUGGUAUCGACGUCCAGGUUCUGGUUCAACUACCGCCACCUGGCGAACGUGCUGUCAAUGUACCGGACGGUGAAGAGGCUUGGGAUCCCGGACUCGCAGAUCAUCCUGAUGCUCUCGGAUGACAUCGCGUGCAAUCCCCGCAACGCCUUCCCCGGCACAGUCUACAACAACGCCGACCGCGCACUGGACCUGUACGGGGACAACAUCGAGGUGGAUUACCGGGGGUACGAGGUCACGGUCGAGAACUUUAUCCGGUUGCUCACGGAUAGGGUCGAGCCCGACACGCCCAGGAGUAAGAGGCUGCUGACGGACGAUCGGAGCAACAUCUUCAUCUACAUGACCGGCCACGGCGGGAACGAAUUCCUAAAGUUCCAGGAUGCGGAGGAGAUCAGUGCGUUCGAUAUCGCCGAUGCCUUCGAGCAGAUGUGGGAGAAGAAGCGGUAUCACGAGAUGUUGUUCAUGAUAGAUACUUGCCAGGCGAACACCAUGUAUAGCAAGUUCUACUCCAAGAAUAUCCUCGCCACGGGGUCGAGUAAGCUGGACGAGAGCUCGUACUCGCAUCAUGCCGACAAUGACGUUGGCGUUGCCGUCAUUGAUCGGUAUACUUAUUACAACCUCGAGUUCCUGGAGAAUAACGUUCAGAGUGCCUCUUCAAAGCACACCAUGAAGGACCUCUUCGAUUCCUACGAGACAGAGAAGAUACACUCCACCCCCGGUGUACGCACUGAUCUGUUCAAGCGGGAUCUGAAAGAUGUCCUCAUCACGGACUUCUUCGGCAACGUGCAGAACGUGGAGAUUGACGGCGAGGAUGAGCAGAAGUGGAAAGAGGAUGUGCUGCAGUUGUCGAAGCUGGCGGUCGACUUCACCAUGCCCGGGCGAAAGAAUGGAACAUGUGCUAGUGCGAAAGCGAGCGUGGAGACAUCGGCACCGGCGGUGAAGAAAGUUGGGGCCGUGAGGGUUGAAGGGAACAAAGGAUGGAGUAGGAAUGCUAUGGGUGUUGGCGCAUUACUGGCUUGUGCUGCGGCUUGGGUUGCGGGGUCGGCACUCUCAUAAUGUAGUGUACUUUUUUUUAUUAUUUUAUUUUUCCAGCGUUUAUACCUAUUUCUUCCUUUUAUAUAUGAAUUCUCUCUUUGUUGCUAGUAUAUGAUAGGGUGUAUUGGUAGUUGUCCGGUGUAAAAUGCAAUGCAACAAAUGGUGUAGAAGGCGUGUUUGUCAUGGAUCAUGGAUUAUCAA